AUUUUGUUACACAGUAACACUAUCAUCCACUCAUUCUUCUUUGGUAUAUCCACCAACACAACCGUAAUACAUCGACAAACAGUAUCCAAUUUCUGUUGGUAUAAAUCAUUGUUUACAUCAGUUUUCAUUUUCAGCCAAUUUUGUAAUGCACAGCAUAACGUGCAUAUUUUGAAAUAAUUUUACUUUCUUCCCAGCCAGUCAAUCGACAAACCAGUUUGCCAGUCAGAGAGCCUCAUUAUCAAAUUAUAUUAUGGAUAUUUUUCGAUGCAUUUGCUGCCCGGUUUCCCAGCCAGAUUAGGCUUUUAAUUUCUCAAUGAUUUCAACCCUCUUUUGUUAGUUGCGUUUCCACGAAUUUCCUAUAUUUGUUUCCUCCGCUCACCUUCCCACCCUCUAUUCACCUAUUCUCAGUUUCACUCAGAGCACAUUGUUUUUAAACUUCAAUGUUUUAUGCCAAAGAGCUUUCGUUAAUAACGUUCUGCUUCGAUCCAUUAAGCCACGACGGAGGGCACUGGUUACGGUAGGACCCGCGUCUAGCAUCAUUGGUGUAAAACUUCAACCGCAACCAGUUCAUAAUUUCAUCUAACACAAUCAAUUAUUUAAAUGCUCUAGUUCAAGCGGGGCGGGAAACAGGUGCGAACAAAGUAUUUGUAGGUUCAAAACAAUGUGCCUAAGCAUAGACAAACAAAACAGUAGAAAAGGUGGCGCUCGCCAAAUCGAGUGAACCAGCGGAGCACCUAUCAAUCCAACUGAUGACUUUGCUAGUGCUCUUUGUAUGCAAAUUACCUGAAUAGUUAGGUAUGGUGUGUGAGGCAGUGGAGUGCAGUGAUGAAAUGUGAUGCCUUGCCGACAACGCAAGUUCGGAAAUUAUAGCCCUAACUAAUGAUGGCUGAUAGUUCCUGCUGCAAUCGGUUAUGAUAACCUUUUAAGUGCCUUUAACUACUUCGGCCAUUACGCACAACCCACGGCUCUGUCGCAGACAUGAAUUCCGCCAUAUCACCCAUCAGCAGUGGCGGUCAGAAGGGUGAGCCAAAUUCGUCUUCACCCUCCGACGUCGAAGUUUUUGAUUUUGAGGAUAUUGAUGAGCAUAUUUGCAUGGUGAGCGAAAUCCCCGACGAUAACGCAGACAACGAAGGGUGUGGCACUCCGCUGAACUUAGAACUAGCGCUCCUGUUGAAUCAAGGAAUUGUGUCCAAAACUAAAGCGAACUUUGGAAUUUCGAAAAACAUCGAAACCCUAGCAAACAGUACAAUUGAGCUUUCCCACCCCGGACCUAGCGGUAACACAUCACAUAAGCCUUAUGACCCGGAAACGAGCAAAAUAAAGUUCAAAAGAAAUCCAGAUUUAUACCUCAGAAGAAGUGAUGACGAAUAUUCCAGCAACGAAGAUGAUUACGACGACGAAGAUAUUGAUUUUGUGCAGGUCAAACAGACCUGUUCCGCCAAGCUACCCACCGAAACGGUCUUCGAAAACGGUUCCACCGAACAGUCUCCCAGCGUAAGUGGCAGUUUCAGAUUCGUUGAACCUACCACAUCCUACCACUCGGCCAAUGGUUACGACAGCGAACGGGUGAUGUUUGAAGUUCUAUGCGGUAACCGUGUAAGCCAAAUGACCCGCGCGUACGAUGACAUCGAUGCCGUAACGCGAUUGCUAGAGGAAAAGGAGAAGGAUUUGGAACUGACGGUACAGAUCGGGAAGGAGCUGUUGACGCAGAACACGCACCUCGAAACCCGAGUAGCCGAGCUGGAGCAGGAGCUGAAGAGUACGAACGAGAACCUAGCUCAGCUCGCCCACGAGCUGCAUCAGAAGAACGAGCUGAUUGGGAUACUGACCAACGAUACGGACGACAGUAGUGAGAAUGUCACGCCUACAACGUCCAAAUCGGUUAACCUGGAACUGUUACAGCGGAAGGUUAAAACACUCGAAGAUGAAAACAAGUCGCUUCGAUGUGAAGCAGCCCAACUGGUGAUGGAAACAGAUGAAUGCGAAGAGCAGGAGCGUAAACUGAUGGCUGACAUUGCGAACCAGCUGAGCACGGCCAACAGCGAAUUUGAUGGACUGAAUCUGGAGCUUGAAAGACUGAAGGAAGAGAAUCGACUCCAACAUGAGCAGAUCAUCAGCCUUACGUCCCGGCUCUCCGAGGCUGAAAUUCGGUUGCAUCAGCUCACCACGGAGAAUGAGGAAGCGUCCUCGUUGCUUAGUAUUACCAAAGAAAAUCAAAACCUGCUGGCUGGCGAAUUGUCGGAGUUUAAGACACGCUACCAAGAAGUGCUAAAUUUGUUGCAUGAAACACAGGAACAGCUGAGACUCCAAAGGAAGCGCUCGCAGCCAAUGGCGAGGAGUUCUUUGAUACCUGGAUUAGGUAUUCCUGCUCCAGACUCGCUCCAAUCAGAGCUUAUGGAGACUUCAUUGUACUCGGAGAACAGUCUGGAUUCGGGUAUAGCUUCUGAACGCGGUGGAUCAUCCCAGCAGCAGGCGUACAAAAAGAUCUUUGAAACAGUUCGUUCGGCAACUCGUACAAAUGUCGGAGGUUUCAGUGAUUCAUUCUCCCAGCUAGGUUCAAUGACUAUGAGCUCUUCAUCGCAGCCACGAAUGGCACCGUAUGUAUUUCCCGGUUCCACAACUGCGCACUCCUAUAAAAGUGGUUCCUCCGUAUACAGCACAAUGUACGACAGUUCCCUCGGUGGUCGUACGUAUUCGCGUGAGAGUUUGGUUUCGGAUUCGGAUGAUGGCUACCCAGGACCAGCACAGGCCGGCAUCCCGGGUGCUCCAGGUGCCAAAGACCUCGAGGCGGCUCUGAAGCGACUGACACCGGCCGAAGUGCUGGCCCGCAGAGCCAUGCUUCAGCACGCGCCAGCUGGAACAUACAGUUACGAUGAUCAACCCAGCGGAAUACCGCUGGGUUGUCGCACGCCUGACAGUAUAAUGUCCACCGGCUCUUCUGGUCUAUCCGGUGUGUCCUCAAAUCAGUGGCGUCUUCCGGAAAAACUACAAAUAGUCAAACCAAUCGAAGGUUCACAAACUCUGCAUCACUGGUCUCGGUUAGCAACCCCCACACUAAGCGGUCUCCUGGAGGAACGCCCAGGUGUCACAAUCCGUGGUGGACGCGGACUAGACGAACUUGGCCUACAGACUUACUCGCUAUCGGACGUCGAGGAAGACGCCGAGGAGCAACCGGGCAAACGCUUCCAAACGUACGGUUGCACCUACACCUUCACCAACAGUACCGUGAUGCAUCCGGAUGACGGUACGUCGGCAGUCACUUUCAGCCUUCCACCAUCGCAAAUGUCCUCACAGAUGGCAUCGGAGUGUCCCUCGCGACAACCGUCGGCUCCGCCUACACCGCGCACCGGACUAUCGCGACGAAACUCCUGUUCGACGUUUUCGGUUAAUCUAGGGCUGGCAUCAAUGCUGAACGAGCGAGGCAUCAAGGCGGUCACACCCAGUGCGCUUAAUACACCCGCUGGUCCGAACUUUUCGCCUACGGUGACGCCCUGUAACAGUCCCGAGGGUUCCCCAACCCGUCCGAUGUCUCCGGAAGUGCCGCUACUGGGUGGACUACUCGCCUCCGGUGCCGAUAUUCUACGUAAGAAGUUUGCCGUAGCUUCGGCUUCAGGCGAAAUGGAACGACCGUCGCGACUAACCACUCGCAAUAAGCUUGCCCUAACGCGGCUGGAGAAGAAGGCUCUGCGAUCGAUCAAAAUUAUGGAGAAGGUCGAAAGUAUGGGAAUGGACAAUUUUAUGCCUCACGCCGGGCAUGGAAUUAGUCCGCUAGCACUGCAUGGUUCGUCAGCGCUGUACACCUCGACGGUACGCGGUCGGACUUCUAGUCCGAUGGCACAGUUGACCAGUCUGAAACAUCUACAGCACCAGCAUCACCAGCACCAACAUCAGCAACAGGACGAACUACUGAUCGACAAAGAAACUAUCCGAGCAGUUUUGAGCAAAGGUCUAUCGCAUGACAGCUUGAAGCAUCUUUCAUCCGGGUCGAGUGAUGCUUCAGGUUCAUCAGCAGCUUCCUCCUCGGGAGUCUAUGGUGAUAGCGACAGUGGUUCUUCUGGUAGUGACACAAGGCCUGUAGUUUCAAAGACAAAACAAAUUCCUGCUAAGCAAGAACCCCAAAAGCAGCAGCAGCAACAGCCAUCCCCGACGACUGCAGCUCGUCUGAAGCAAAUGCAACGACAAAAAAGUCGACGCAGUCUGCUCAACGGUGCUAACGGAUCACAGCGGCCCGAUCUAGGAACGGUGAAUGGUUCCACCAGUAGACCCGGUGUCCGGCCCGAUCUAGGUACGGUAGGUGGUAGUAACAAUAAGUCUAAGAGCAAUAGUAGCAAAAAUGAGCCGCCAUCAACAGCAUCGGCGGCUCAAAUGCAACCGGCUCCAGAACAAAGCCGCUCGCUAGGACAAAGUGUGUACGGUACGAUCAGCUCGCUACUGUUUGGACGCAAAGGAGGACUCCUGUAAGAACAAAAACCUUGUUUUCGGUAGAGAAUAUUUCUUGUGAAAAAGAAAGUUGUCUGUUUUAAGAUUGUAAUUAAUUUUAGAGUGCUAGAAUGUUUUUCCUUUCCCACAACGACAUAACAUUUACAAAGCGGUAAAUGAGAAAGAUUAAAACGAAUUAUUUUUCAAUAUUAAUUGCACAGACUUUAAGCUUAUAGUUCCUUCAUCACAUCUGCACUUUAGCAGCUCUAGCUAUAUUUCUCAAGGCAGACGACAGCGUGAAGUUAAACUAUACGACACCAAAUUCACCAAGCUUUCGUUGCCUUUACUUUCCUUUCCCCCACUGCCGAAUGUGAUCAGUAUCGUGAAUAGAGUGACGUUUAAAAAUUUAGUUUAGUAGCCGUAGUUUUUAGAGGAGCAACCGAUUGUUCCAAAUACAAAUUUUUAAAAGGUGCGCACAGAAAGAUUCAACUAACAUUCCAGUGGUACACAACGGUAGAAUAAGAUGUCCCGAGUUUUUAAGUCUUUUCGCCAAGUUGUUUCCUUUUGAUGAUGUUUGCCUUGCAUUUCUGUUUCCGAAAACUGUCCAAAUAACUAUUUAAUUAUUUCUAAUUUUAAUGCAGAUUUACGAUUUGGUGUCGAUAGUUUAAUUCUGUGCAUAGUCAAUGGUGGUGUUAAAAACGCCUACACAGUUUUUUCCUAAACUGGGGUACAUUUUUGAACAAAUUCUUUUUUUAUUUAUUCCGCUGUCAUUACACCCAAAAUCAUUUCUUAGUUUCUCCAACGUGUAUCAAAAUUUAUGCAACAAUCCAAAGAACCCUUCCAAAUUAUUUUGCUUUAUUUUUGAACUAACGAAAUCCGUGAUAUGUUCCUAAGACAUUUAUAUCCUUUAAUUAACCAGGCAAAAAACCUAUUAAUUUUGUUAUAGACUAGUGCUGUAACCAAAUAAUCAGCAUGUUGCUUUACUUCACAGCCAUGUACUACAGUAUACCUACUAUGGUGAAUGUUUGAAAGUUCUAAUAUUUCAUAAUUUGGACCAUUCAAUCUUCAGAAAACCGGUUCACUUUUAAUAUGAAACCCUCCCUUACUGUCUAGCGUCAAAAACUAUGGUUUAACUGCAUUGAGUUUUAAACAUGUUUUGACCUAUUAAUCAUCAAAAUCAGACCCUCUUCCAGGCUCCAAUGGCCUCAACUAGCUGUGGCGUCAAAAAAUUAGCUUCUCGUGGUCCGUUUACCAUUACCACCGAUUUUUCGCACGCUUUUUUAGUGCGAUUUGUUUAUCGUUUAAAUGUUUUUGAUAUGGCGUGAUGAUUUUUUUAAAUUUGUAGGUAUGUCCAUAUUUAUUUACUCCAUUUGUCAUGCAAAAAAAAAUCCACUGCAAAGUUUCGAGAAACUGUGCAAACAAUGUGUUUUGUUUUCAACUAAUAAACUUCAUUUUUUGCACGCUAAUAACAUUUUAUUUUGCAUAGUUCACAAACACGGAUUUUUUACACAGUUUGCCCGAAAGACUGUCUCUAGUUCCGAGCUUUUCGAGAAAGAAAAACUCGUGCAAGCGAUAGAUGGGACAGUCUAAUCCUUUUUUGUCGUUUCUCUUUGUGCUACUGCUUUUAAAUACACAGCUUAUCUUACGUUUCUUCCCAGAGGAAAAUAGUUCUAAGAUAAUCAAUAUCAUCACUAUCCACAUCAGUAUCUUGGAAAUUAAGGGAAUGAUUUAUUUUAUUAACUAUGCCUAUUUUGAUUUAUACUAUUAAAGCUAUCAACAUGAAACCAUUAUCUAGAUUUUUUAACGAAAAGUAGACUGCUUUUAUUAGAGAUUGUAGCUAGAGAGCUUUGCACACUAAUAUUCUACCGCCUCUAAUAUUUAGUUUUCAAUAAUAUGAUAAACUCUAAGGUGCUAUACAACUAUCCCUAUUACUGCUCAGCCUAGUUGACUCACUCAGUACUUCGACCAGUGGCGCGUGAAUCAUAAGAAGGGGCGACUGAAGAGCAGUAUUUUAGUUUCGCUAUCACCCGGUCUAAGUCUAUUAUUAAUCGUGUCUUAGAACAAGAACGAGCCCCGGAUGGUUUAAAUAAAAGAGGAAAAGAUUGAUACUGUAAAUAUAUAAAACGCAUCAGUAGCAUACUGACGAUAACAGAAAACACAAAAAUAUGUAACAGAAAAAUAAAAUGCAGCUGUAGAUAAUUAUUUAACUAGUUAAAUUGAUGAUAAAAGUAGUAGCAUAACAGUAAGUAUUUAUUUUUAUACAACAUCCGGCAAACAGGGACCGGCCAAAAUGCGAUUGUUAAAAAUGAAGCAAAAUGUUACGAACUUUCAACAAAAACACUACACAAGUGAACUGCCUUCCUAUGUCCUCUCCUUCAUCUGUUCUAUAUGUAAAUCGAUAGCUUACAACCUAAUGUCAUAAUCAGAGUGAAUGCGAGAAACUGAUCUUGAAAACUAGUAUAUGCGAGAAAUCUAAAGCAAAUCCAAGCGAGGAUGUCGUAGUAAAAUCAGGCAAUUCGCUACGUUGCGCACGCCUUCUAAUACUUGUUCGCUUUGAUUUGCUGUGAAGAGUCGUAUCGACGUAUCAGCUUCAGCUUCUGACAUCCAUUGUGUUGGCACCCUACCCUCAUAAGCAGUUUCAAACCGACCGACAGCUGUUUGCAUAAAAAUACUUUACACAAGAAAUAAAAAAGUUCUCCCGUGAAAACCACACCAACAUAGCAGCAAUCACACGUAGAGAGAUAUUAAAGGGCAAUGGUAGACUUUGUUUAUAGCUCCAAACAAUACAAAUAGCAGAUUAAAUUAAAAAAAAAAACAGAACAAUGUAGAAACGUACCGAACACAAGGAAUAAUGAGAACGAUGUUCUAUCAAGUGAUUUACAUGAUUAUCUAUUUGGAACGAAGCGAAGAAACGAUGUUGGUUAAUUGUAUUACUAGAAUGUUACAACAGAAAUAUUUUUUUCUGCAGGAAUAAUUAUUAAUAAAAUAAGAUUCAAAAUUA